CUUGCAAGUCAGACUCAUUGCUCAGGCUGUCAGUGCCGGACCUUUCGUAACUCCCACACAUUGUCAACCAAGACUGUAAUAAGACCUUCCUCACCUAUCGACCGCCAUUUCAGUCCUCGGCGUCGAAUUCGGACCCCGGACUUUCAGGACCAGAACGGCAACGUCAAGCGCGAUCUUGGGCGUUCUGGGUACGAACAAGAGCAGCAUGAUCUGAGAAUGUUGAAUUCCAUCUCGCGAAGAGCUACAGACAAAUCGGCUUUCUAGGCUGGAAGGGCUGAGCGUCGGACACGGGCAAGCUGUUGGAGGAUUAGAAUCAAGCACUGGUCCAGAGCGAAACCAAGUUUUGCAUGAUAGCCAUUUAUGUGAGAAUAUAGAUGACGGAAGCUCAGAAUACAAGGUUAUGAGAUGGUUAGAGAACCCUAGACCGGCGCCGCCUCCUCCAUCGAUUCAUCGGACGCCGUCUGGACGGGGCAACAACCCUGUGGUGCAAAACCGAAGCGUGGUGUACAUCAAAGCAAAGAAGAUGAUGCAAGACAGAGCUACAGACCAAGGUCUUACGGUAUCAACUCGUUCUUCAAGUCGCCGAGCAUUGUAUAAACCAAGCGGAAAUCAGAGCUUCCACACCAGACAGUCUAAUAGCAGUUCGAAAAGGUCAGCCACGCAGCUAUCCUUGUGCAAGCAACUUGCAACGCUUUUGCGUAUCUUAAGAAACUACAUUAAACAGCUCCUCAGACUCACUGGAUCGAAAUUGCCUCGGCCUCCGCCGUCACAGCGCGCCAAAUCGAAACCAAUUCCUCCACCCCCAGUAUCACUCGAUCCAAAAACACGCAAGACCGAAUGUCGUGAAGUUAACUCGUCGGGAAGGAAACUUGAUGCGCAUAUCGACAAACCGCUUCCGCCAAUGCCGAGAGCAUUCAGUCAUUCUGGUUCAAUCGAGUCCUUGUACUCGGUCCCGACUUGCUCCGUUCCACCCAUGCCGCCACCGCCACCGCCGUUGAAGAGUAACCUCAAGGCCCGAGAUGAAGACGCAUCUACACAGCAGCAGGAGAUUAAUAAUUACAUGAACCGCGCGGUCGUGAUGCAAGACUCGACUCAUUGGGUACCACCGACCGUUGCCGGACCUUCUGACCCUACUAGGGAGAUGAGAAUGUGGUCUGAUUGGAAGGAGAAGCUGGAACGUAGAAAUAUGGAGUAUGAUGGUAUGAUGGCUCCCCGUAGUGGGGAGUGGUUUAUGCGGUGGUGCGAGGGUGGUGAGGGUUGGAUAUCUGUCGGAGCAGAGGGGAAUUGAGGGUGAGUGUGGUCUUUGAGUUGUGUGCCCUGAAGUCGUCGAUAUUUCUGUUCUACUCAAGGCACACUCUAGAAUGCGCUUGUAGCAUGUCGCUCAUUAACUCAUAUUUCCCCA